UUCACUGUCAUUUGACAUGUUUAAUGUUUUCAUAAAUUUAAUUUUUAAAUAUUAAUUUUGUUUUUAUUUCAUAAUCUAUUAACAACAUAAGUUGAAUAUUUUUCUUGUUUUCUCACAAACUAAGCCGAUACUUUGAAUCAAUUAUGAUACUCUGUAAAACUUAUACUGUUCGUCGACUCCUGCUAACUACGAGCAAAACAUACACGAGAACUGUGUCUACAAGUAAUACAGAGAGUUCUUCGAAUGAUGGUCAAAUAAAACAGAAAUACGAUGUUAUAAUAGCUGGUGGUGGCAUGGUGGGCUGCACCUUAGCUUGUGCUAUCGGCAAAAAUUCUCUAUUGUCACAUUUAAAAGUAUUGUUAUUGGAGGGCAGUCCACAACAGAAAUAUGAAUUGAAACCAGAAUACAGCAACAGAGUAGUAGCACUAAGUCAGAACACAAAAUCUUUGAUGAGUUCUUUGGAUAUAUGGCAGCAUAUAGAAAAUGCACGGCUUCAGCCUGUUAGACACAUGCAGGUGUGGGAUGCAUCUUCUGAUGCAUUGAUCUCUUUCAAUAGUGCUGACAUCAUGGAUGACGAUGUUGCAUACAUUGUUGAAAAUGAUCUAUUGUUACAUGCAGUCAAUAAAGAAUUGACUUCGACUGAUAUUAAAAAUGUAAAUAUUGUGUAUGGAGCAAAAAUAUCUGGAUAUGAAUUGUCAAAACAUGAAGCAUCAUCAAACAAUAUUGUAAAAAUGAAUAAUGGGGAUACAUAUUCAUGUCAACUACUAAUAGGCGCAGACGGCGCCAACUCCGCCGUCCGGAAUGCAAUGGGUGUACAGAACUUGUCAUGGAAUUACGACCACAUGGGUGUGGUAGCUACUUUGCAUCUUGCCGAGGAAACAGAAAACACAACAGCAUGGCAACGGUGGCUGCCAACUGGUCCCGUAGCGCUGCUACCUCUCGACUCGAAGCGCAGUUCAUUGGUGUGGUCCACCACAGUCGAGCACGCCAAGCGGUUGUUGAAGCUGCCUGAAGAACAAUUCGUAGAUGAACUCAAUGACGCUUUGUGGAAGCAUUACCCACACAGCAGUGCAGUACAAGCGUGUACAGCUUGGUUCGGGUCAUGUCUAAAGAGCUUCGGGCUGCCGGAUGGCGCGGCGAGGCAAUUGCCACCGUCGAUAGAAAGUGUCGUACCGGCCUCCCGCGCCGGAUUUCCGCUCGGUUUUGGCCACAGCACCAGAUAUAUCGCCCCUGGUGUAGCUCUUGUCGGUGAUGCAGCGCACCGUGUGCACCCGUUGGCAGGACAAGGUGUUAACCUCGGCUUCGGGGACGUAAAGGAUCUCACCGAAUUUCUCGCAGAUGCCAUCUAUAUGGGAUUAGAUAUAACUCAUGAUAGCUGGCUACAAAAGUACGAGACUUCGCGCCAGAGACACAAUGUACCAACGCAGAUUGCAGUCGAUGCGCUAUACCGGCUAUAUACUGUGGAUCUGCCUCCUGUUGUCCUCGUUAGGAGUUUGGGAACUCAACUCACCAACGCCUUGCAGCCUAUCAAGAAAUUGAUCAUGUCACAUGCUACGACGUAAAUAAGAAGACAAGGACCUAACUACUGUUCGUGCUAUAGCAAUGUAGUACAUACAGUACUGAAGUACAUAGUAUGUACAGAAUGUGGAAGUUGUACUAAAAAGUACAAAGGAUAUAUUUAUGAAUUAAAAAGUAGUUUUGUAUACAGCGAUUUCUAAAUAUUGAAUUGUAUUAUGCACAUAUUGUUACUAGUCAAAUAUAAGAAUUGUUACCUCAUAACUAUUUUUAUAUCUAUAUUAAAAAAAUUA